AUGGCGGCCGGAGAUUUGGAGGAGAGCAUCCACAUUUCGCAGAGGAGGAUAACGCGGCUCGCCGGCCACCUCCUGCCGGUCGCCUCUCUCCACAUUCCGUCCGUGCAGAGAUGCGCCACUUCCGCCGGCACCGACAGCUACCGCCGCAUCCACGGCGAGGUAGCUGCUCACGAAGCCGUUUGGAAGGAGGCGGUGGACGAGUCGGGGAGGCCGUUCGUGGACAUCAUCUACGAGAAGGCCGUCGGCGAGGGUAUUGCCAAGGUUUGUAUUGGUGGCGAUUCAGCGCCGAGCGAACUGGAUAGAAUUGUCUUUGCCGUUUUUUAUCGUUUUGGUGCGUGUCGGGAGUGCUGAUUUCGGUUGCUUGUGUUCCUGCGGGGGAAGAUUACGAUCAACCGUCCCGAGAGGAGGAAUGCCUUCCGGCCGCAGACUGUGAAGGAGCUCGUCCGAGCAUUUAAUGACGCCAGGGACGAUUUAUCCAUCGGGGUCAUCAUUUUUACUGGAAAGGUAAGAGCUCCCCUUGUAUGUUUUCGGUUGACCGGGCCACCCGAUGUUCCAUUCUGAAUCAUCAUUUUGACCGCUUUACAACUAAUUCCUGAGUUGAAUCACAAUAUUCAUCGGUCCUCUCGAGCUCGGUUUCUAUAGUUGGGAUCUGUUUUUCAGUCUAACAUUUCAUUCUGCGCUUCUUCCUGAUCACUAGAGAAAGCAUUAUAUUUCCUUACGACAAGAUUCGAGGAAAGCGAUCUUCAUCAAUCUUAGCAUUUUCUUUUCCCGGAACGUCUGAAGUACUGGAUCGAUUUAAUCAAAAUUUAUUUAUAUACUUUCUCUAUCUGUUUCUUACAGGGAACAGAAGCAUUUUGCAGUGGGGGUGACCAGUCACUGAGGGGCGAUGAUGGAUAUGUUGACGAUGGUGGGACUGGUCGUCUCAAUGUUCUGGACCUGCAGGUUCUUAUCCGCAUCUCUUUCACAUGUUUCUGGCAUCACCUCUAUAUGUCGCUUCAAUAGCAUCGAUUCAAAAUUUUCCUUCCUCAAGUUUUGACCAUUUUUUAAGGUAGCUGGAUAUUUUUCAAUCAUAUUUCAAUAUCACAAAAUUCGUGUUAAAGAAUUGGGCUGCUGUUACUCUAAACUAGCUGGAACCUCAUAUAUUUUAACUGUCUUUUGUCGUCCCUUCUAUUAGAAGAUCAUUUAUAACACCUUCCUUCGCAUCUAGGCCGAUUUUCUGUGCUCUAUCUCACAGAGAAUAAACAAAGAGUAUCACAGCUAAAACAACCUACAGUUCUUUGGUACGAUGUAUGAGUAUUUUAUAAAUAUCUACGGUGCCUUCUAUAUUUUCCCUCCCACCAAAGUGAGACAAGUUUUGAGGAUCCUUUUAAUUUUUCGUUCCAAAAAAUACAUUAAUAUUAAUAAAUGUGAACAUCCAUAUUUAUCUUAUUUUCUUUCUGCGUACAGAUGCAGAUUCGCCGAAUACCAAAGCCUGUGAUAGCAAUGGUAUGCACCCUCCAUUUCUAGCAUUCAUACGUCGUUAUUUUCUCUUUUUUAGAUAAACUUAUCUCGUCUCCCACUUGCAGGUUGCAGGAUAUGCUGUUGGUGGCGGGCAUGUGCUUCACAUGGUUUGUGAUUUAACUAUAGCAGCUGACAAUGCUGUUUUCGGCCAAACGGGUCCAAAGGUGUUGGCACUUAACUUUCUGAUAUUCAGUUAUUGUUAAUUUCCAUUGUUAAUACCGAGUCAUCACCAAAUUUCCUAGCAAAGACCUAUCUGAUAGGAGUACCUGGAAAUUAAAGCCCUUCUGUAUGUUUCUUCGGUAAUUUGUGAUAGUGAAAAAAAGAUGACACAACUACUGGUGAGGAGCAUCGAAAGGGGCGUUGACUUUCUUUGUCCUUAGGUUUUUAUGCCUAAUUCAUGAUAGGAGAGUGAAGGGGAUAUGGCUCAGUGGUAGAAUCUCGCUCUGACACGAGGAUGCCCUCAAUUUUUAGCAUAUGAUUGUCACUCCUAGAUCCAAUGCAAGCCUUCUGUAUUUUGACAUUUAAUGGGUCCCCCUGACUCAAGCCAAUUGGUUUGCAUUAUGAUGGAUGCAUAUUUCUUCUAAAGACGCAAUCAGCUUUGAGCUCGGUUCUCUGAAAGCAAGUUCAGAGAUAGAUGAGAAUACAUCAGUGGAGAGGUCUAAUUUUUCUUUUUGUUGUUGUGGGAUAUCAUAUUCAUCAGGGGAGGUGUUCACGAAUUUCCCUUCUUCAUUAAACACACUGCAAUUAACAGCAUCUAAAUCUGUGCAACAUCAAUUCUUGUCUUAAACCUACCAGAAGAUUUCAAUUUCCAUAGACAUUUUCGCAAAAUCACGCGAAAAUUAGUUCUUCGCUUCAAAUAUCUUCAUUUGUUAUUCAAUCGACAGCGGCAUCUCCCUUGUGCAGGUGGGAAGCUUUGACGCAGGCUAUGGGAGCUCUAUCAUGUCUCGUCUGGUAAGCUACAGACUACAGAUGUGUGUGAAGGGUUUUGGGUUUUUAAGUGGGGUUGGUUCAUCUUAUUGAUCUUGAAGAAAUCGAUACCACCGGGGAAAGUAUCAUUUUUCAGAACGGUUUUUAAAAUGAUUUCCCAGAUUGAUUGCCAUUUUUGUCCAAAUUCGAUGGGAAUUAUAUCGUUUUAACCGUGAAAAAGAUUAUUUGAAUGAUUUUCUGGUGAUUACCCCCUGAUCUCCUCGUGUUCUCCGCUUUUUCGUCAGAUUGGGCCCAAGAAAGCCCGGGAAAUGUGGUUCUUGUCGCGAUUCUAUGAUGCCCGCGAAGCGGAGAGAAUGGGACUCGUCAACGCUGUUGUUCCGGUAAGGCGACAUCCAUGGUCAACGCUGUUGCCACUUCUGGGCCGAUCUUCAAUGCAUGGAUUAAUAUCCAGGGUAGAAAUAUCAGGUGGAACAUAGGGCACUCUAGCUGAAAAAUCCGAACCCAGAUGGGCUUUGACCUGGAAUAUAAAUGGCUGGCUAUUGGGUCAUCCGAGUUUAAUUCAACUCUGGAGUUCUUAUUCCACAGGAAACUGGGCGUUAGCUGAGAUUUUCCAAUUUCGUUCUGAAUAUCUUCAGGGUCUUCCUCUCUCCCUUAUCCCUUCACCCCUCUCCUCCCCUCCGCAGCUUGAAAAUCUGGAGCGAGAAACGGUGAAGUGGUGCCGCGAGAUCCUGAGGAACAGCCCGACGGCAAUCCGGGUCCUGAAAUCGGCCAUAAAUGCCGCCGACGACGGCCACGCCGGUCUUCAGGUGUCUCAAUCUCUCUCUCUCUCCCUCUACUUUCGCUCUCCGAUAUCACGUCCCCUGAAAGCUCUCACACUCCCUCUCUCUCUCUCUACUUUCCCUCUCCGAUAUCAUGUCCACUGGAAGCUCUCACCCUCCGUCUCUUUAUCAAUCUCUCUCUCUACUCCCUCUCUCCGCAAUCACGUCCUCUGGAAGCUCUCACCCUCCGUUGUGUCCCCUUCUUCAGGAUUUCGGCGGGCAAGCUACGCUGCUGUUCUACGGCUCCACGGAGGCUAAGGAGGGAAAGACGGCCUACAUGGAAAGUCGGCGCCCCGACUUCUCCAAGUUUCCUUGGAGACCCUGA